AUGUCGAAUCGAAUGCCAGACAGCAGAAAUGACAGCGAUUCGGAGAGCGAUGACUCACCGAGCCUCGGAGACCAACUCUUCGGUUACUUGGUGGAGAGCAAGUUCGACUCGAAACGAGAAUUUCUUCCUGAAGGAUACAUCGACAAAGUCAUCAGCCGCAGCGCCAUCCAAGACGAACUUUUCUUUGGUAUGAAGCUCGAUGGUGACGACAAAGCAUUGAUCAACUUCAUCCACGCCCAUUCCAAGAAGGUCUUCGCGACGGCCUACUACGCUCUUGGUGGUGUUGGAGGAAGCUCGCUUCUCGACACCAUGGUUUACUUUCGUCGCCACGGCUUCACAGACAGAGCACUUCCAAUAAACGACAUUCAAAAAGUGGAUGAAACUAGGAAGGCCAAGUCAAAGCUUCCAUUCCCGUUUGAUUUCAACGAAGACCCUAGGCUACAGCGCGUAUGGCGGCGAAUGCACAUCCGUAGCUUCUAUCAAAACCAAUGGAAGUUCUUGGCGCCUGUGUUCUCACGAGAAAGAUUUCACCAUACUCUCCAUCCGGAUGUCAUUCUACCUUUUGUUUGGAACAGUACCGUUACCAAAGAAGGAAGAUUCAGCAAGGUCCACCAAGUUGAGAUUCACAAGGGCCACCAGAGACUGCUCGGGGAUAGGGCAGACGGUACCCCGGCCCGUAUCGCUAUAAAGGAGAUUCUCACAACUGAUGACGACGAAGAGCUGCAGCAGGAGGUGGAGCAAAAUUUCAAAGUAGAGGCAGACGCUCUAUCCGACAUUGCAAGUCUCAAACACAAGCACAUCAUCGAGAGAAUUGCUGCCAUCACGCGAGGCGAAAAUCGAUACUUCAUGUUUCAAUGGGCUGAUGGAGGCAAUCUGAGAGACUUCUGGAAGAGCCACCCCUCGCCAGAAUUCAACGCUAACUUGGUUCGGGAAUCCGUCACUCAAUUGCGUGGACUUGCCGACGCAUUAGCAGUUCUUCACAACUACAAAGGCGAGGGCAACUACCGACACGGCGACUUAAAGCCAGAGAACAUUCUCAGGUUCAAGGACAAGUCCUUUGUUGGAACCCUCAAGAUCGCCGAUAUGGGCCUUGCUAAGCGUCAUACUGAGGCAACGGACGCCCGAUUAGGCCCGACAAACACAAAAUAUGGUACUGCGCGGUACGAGCCUCCUGAAGCAGUAACAAACAAACUGAAGGCUAGAUCUCGGCUUUACGAUGUAUGGUCAUUAGGAUGCAUCAUAUUGGAGUACAUCAUAUGGUUUCUCUACGGUUAUGACGGCGUCAGGGAGUUCACCGAAGCGCUUCUCGACGACACAGGCUGUUUCUACCGCGUCGAAAAGGACGGGAAUCAAACGAAAGCUGAAGUUCACCCUAUAGUCGUUCACUGGAUGAAUGAACUCAGCAGACACCCGGAAUGCUCUAAGUCUACGCACACAGCGAUUCGAACUCUUCUUGACCUCGUCCGAGAUAGACUAUUAGUUGUCGCUCUCCGGCCUAGUCCAGAGACAACAUCUGAAAUGUCCUCAGCAGUUGUUUCUGUUACCCUUGCUGAUACCUCCGAGCCGCCACAGGUUGGCUCGGCCAGGGCCAAAGCCGCCGCUGCAAGCUCUGCGCUCCAAGCGAUACUGGAAGAUGGUGAUGGAAACGAGAAGUAUCUACUCGCGAGCAAGAACAGACCGGGCUUCAGACGCCCAUCUGUCGCUGCAAUCCCUAGAUCCAGCAACAAUUUGCAGGUUCCAGGACAAUCUAGGCCGAAGUCAAACGCACCUGCCAAAGAUGCCUCGAUUUACACCACCAAGGACCUCAACCACACCUGGUCAUUUUACUCCGACAACAAAUUCGCCAACAACCUUGUGGACACUUGCAAGAAUUUCCCCGUGGAUCUGAGCCUACCUCAUUAUCAAGGAAUUUGUGCUCAAUGUGAAGAGUUGGACAUAUUGUCGUCAGAUUUUCAGAUGACCGAUACGCUCGCUGAUAUAGAGAAGAGGGCAGAUACAUGUGGCUUCUGCAAACUCUUAGCAAAAGCUUGUAAGAAAACAAAUGCACCCAAGGGAUUUCGCCUGCAAAGGUACGGGCCUACUCUCCGAAUCGACAAUGCUUCCGUACCGCUUCUCAGCAUUGUUCGCGACCCUGGCGGAGGUUCGGAAAUCCCAAAGUAUAUCCAGGUUGGCUUCCCGAAUCUCUCUCCAACCCGCCACUCGCUGCACUUUGAGAUUAUCAGACAGUGGCUCAAAGAAUGCGACAAUAAUCCAGCCCACGACAACUGCCAAUGCGAUGGAAAUCCCACACUUCCUACUAGACUACUCGAUGUCCAAACUUCGACAAUUCGUCUCAUUGAUACACAAGGCUUACAAGGCCAAUACCUUGCUCUGUCACAUCCCUGGGGCGAUCCAGCCAUGCAUUCCCAUUUCUGCACUUACACCAGCAAUAUUGAGAGUCACAAAGCCGGUAUCGACUUCAACAUCCUUCCAGACACAUUCAAGGACGCAGUCACAAUAACGCGCGAGCUUAACAUCAAAUAUCUCUGGAUUGAUUCGCUGUGCAUCAUCCAAGGUCCAGACGGUGAUUUCACGGAGCAAUCAAAGCAUAUGGAAGAUGUCUUCAGCUCAGCGUACUGCGUUCUUGCUGCAAGCCGGGCGGCUGGUCAAUGCGACGGCUUUUUGGGAGACAGAGUCGGACGAGAUUACAUCACAUUUAGCAGAGGUGAAGACGAAGUCUAUCACGUCUGCGAGGAGAUAGACAACUUUCAGGGGGAUGUCAUUGAUGGGGCAUUGAACCAGAGGGGCUGGGUGCUUCAGGAAAGAGCCCUCGCGCGUCGGACCAUCUACUUCACCGAGAAGCAGACAUACUGGGAAUGUGGCGGUGGAAUUCGAUGUGAGACGUUUACCAAACUGAAAAACAAUAUUGCGGCUUUUCUUGGAGACCCCAAGUUCCCUGAAGUCGCCAUGCGUUCGACAAGAGGAGAAAUGAUCUAUCUUUACCAGAUGUUUUACCAACAGUACUCAAAAUUGCAAUUUUCAAAGGUCGAGGACAGGCCUUUUGCCAUUGCCGGUCUAGAGAAAAGAUUAUUGCAGGGCUUUGCCACACGUGGAGGAUAUGGGGUAUUCGACGAUGGAAAGGGUCUUCUGCACCGGAGCCUUCUUUGGUGUCGAUCUCUCGGCGGGACUCUCGGGAGAAUCAAGUUUCCGGUUGAGAAGAAGAUUUUUGUACCGACGUGGUCGUGGAUGGCGUAUGAGGGAGGCAUCGACUACCUGGAUCCGGAGUGGAACAAGACCGAGUGGGAACAGCAAGAUCUCCGAUCCCCGUGGAGCGCAGACUCGCCUGUGCAGUACACCACGGACAAAAACAGCACCAUCUCUCUCGAAGCUACUGCGAGAGAUUUCGAUGAAGCCAAAGCUGUCAAGGAGCACAUCACGCUUUACUUCGACAUGCCUGACAAGGCCGACGGUCGUACGCCAGGCUUGAAGUGCGUGAUCCUAGCGCGGCCCAAGACUGGAUCUACAACGACGGACAGAAUGUGUUAUGUCCUUCUUGUUGCGCCACAGGUUACGAAGAGGUCCGGAGGCUCGACGGUUUUUGAGCGAGUGGGCGUCGGGAAAAUGCCUGAAAGUUGUGUGUCGCAGUUGGAUAAAAUUGAAGUCAAGCUCCAGUAG